CUUGCUGAAUUCCCCCCGCUGCCCGUGCACGACGACCGCGCUCGCGGAGGGCGCGCCGUUGCCAUGGUGCAGACGGCGUCUAGGAUGGUGGCGGAGUGGAGUCUCCCCUUACAGGUGGGUGACAGGUGUUACUAUACCUGAGCUGCACUAGCGAACCACGAGUGAUUGUCCCGAACGCUACCGUGUCGUGCGGAAAACCAGACACACCAGAGCGCCGCGGUUCACCAUAACGCGCUCCCUCACAAGCACAACAAAGACAAGUCAAAAUGAUGAAGAGAAGAGAACAAGGAGGUUUGGAGGAGCACACCUGGGCUGGGUGAGCUGAGGGAGCCGCCUCGCUGUAGGCGGGGCGACUCGCUUGUAGAGACGCAAAAAAAAUGCAGCCUUGUUUCCGUGAGGAGAUCAAAUGACAGACGUGGGCACCCGACAGCAGUUUCGGUCAGCUCGCUCAUGGACGGGACACCUCGCCGUUAAAGUGACGCUCUUACGCUCGAGAAUGCCUGGAAGGACGACCCGCAGUCACGGCACCACGGUUACGUCCGGAUGGAGUAGCGCCCGGGAUUCAUCACGGUAGCUCCAGUCCUCCGUCGUUCACGCGCACAGGUGUAGCGACACGCACGCAGAAACCUACAAGCAUUCCUUACAAUGGUAAUAAGCCCCCUUGGCCACUAGAGGGCAGGACCACUGCCCUGUCCACGCAGGUCCUGACACUGAAUCUGCGUUGAAUCAGAUGAUGAUCACCACUUCACGGCUCCACCGUCUCCAGGACCCCACUAUGGCCCACGGGCAUUGCGGGCCCUGCCCAGCGUCCUCUCCCCGGUCGCCCUGCACCCCUGGCCCCUCGGUGACUGUGAGGAAAAUGAGCACAAGACUGCCCCCUACUGGCCUCACGCCUCACGCCGUCCGCCUCCGUAGACACAGCUGGCAGCCUGGCGCAGACCCGAGGACCGACCCGCAGUAUGAGCAGCGCAGUGUUAGUCUUGAAGUUCUGGACCCUCUGAAGAUGGAGAAAGUCCAGUAUGCAGGCCUUGGGGGGCGUGACCCACGGCGAGCCCCUAUCACUAACUAUCCUGAGGAUUUGGAGUCUCUCCUGUCACUCACUGAGGAGGAAGCUGGCUCUGACCACUCGGUCUUUUCUUUCAUGGAGGUGCCAGCCCCUCCCCUGCUGGGCUGCAGUGUGUCAGUACCAUCGCUGUGUACCAUGCCAGGUGCUUGCCAAGCACUCGUAGCCAAACAGCGCCCGCGCUCCCACACCCAAGUGGAGUCUACCCUUCGAUUUCUGCUGGGAGGGUCCACACAGAGUGUGUAUGCGGAGCUGGACUGUGAGCUGUGGGGGAGCGAGGAGACGACGGAGGGCCAGGGGCCUCGGAGGGAGGAAAACAGUGGGAAGCAGGGUGGUCUACGCUCUCUGGUACGUUCCAUCAGCUUCCUGGGCAAGAUGGCCAAGAACUGCAAGAACAAGGAGAAGGAGCGCAUGAAGGAGCGGGAGAAGGAGGCGAGGGAGCGGGAGGCGCGCUACAACAACGGACACCUUUUCACCUCCCUCACCGUGUCGGCCACCACCCUCUGCUCCGCCUGCAACAAGAGCAUCACAGCCAAGGAGGCGCUCAGCUGUCCGACCUGCAAUGUCACCAUCCACAACCGCUGCCGAGACACACUGGCCAACUGCGCCAAAAUGAAGCAGAAGCAGCAGAAGUUGGCCCUGGUGAGAAACAGUUCAGCUCUCCAGAACGUCGCCCUGCGCAGCAAAACUCCCAUGAUAAAGGAGAGACCGAGUUCGGCCAUCUAUCCCUCCGACAGCCUCCGUCAGUCUCUCCUGGGCUCACGCAGAGGACGCUCCACCCUCUCGCUCAGCAAGAGCGUCUCCACCACCAACAUCGCAGGGAACCUGAAUGACGACUCUCCGCUGGGCCUCAGACGGAUCCUGUCCCAGUCCACUGACUCUCUGAACUUCAGGAACAGGGCCAUGUCUAUGGAGUCUCUCAAUGACGAUGGAGAGGUGUACUAUGCGUCAGUGCUGGAGGAGUUGGAAAGGGAGGGGCGCGACUUUGAGGCCGACUCGUGGAGUCUGGCGGUGGACGCCUCCUACCUGCAGACCCAGCGAAAAGACAUCACCAAGAGGCAGGAUGUCAUCUACGAGCUGAUCCAGACAGAGCUGCACCACGUCCGCACGUUGCGCAUAAUGGAGGGCGUGUUUCGCCGGGGCAUGCUGGAGGAGGUGCUCCUGGAGCCGGGCGUGGUCCACGCGGUCUUCCCCUGCCUGGACCAGCUGGUGGUUCUGCACACGCGCUUCCUGGGCCAGAUGCUAAGUAGGAGGAGCCACAGCCUGGCGCGGGGCAGCAGCACCAAUUUCACCAUCCAUCAGCUCGGGGAUGUGCUGGUGGAGCAGUUCUCAGGCCAUAACGCCGACGAGAUGCGGAAGUGUUACGCCGAGUUCUGCAGCCGUCACCUGAAAGCCGUGAAGCUGUAUAAGGAGCUGCUGGCUCGGGACAAGAGGUUCCAGUACUUCAUCAGGCGCGUGAGCAGGGGUCCCCUACUCCGUCGUCAUGGCGUCCAGGAGUGCAUCUUACUAGUGACCCAGCGCAUCACCAAGUACCCAGUGCUCAUCCAGCGCAUUCUGGACAACACGAAAGGCAAUGAGGAGGAGGUGGCGUCUCUGAGCCAAGCGCUGGCCCUGAUUAAAGACCUCCUGAGCUCCGUGGACCAGCAGGUCCAGGAGCUGGAGCGCACGCAGCGGCUGCAGGAGAUCCGAGCCCGGCUGGACCCCCGCGCAGAGACUGAGGUGCGCGGCGGAGGGGUGUUCCGCGGAGCUGAGCUGCUCCGCCGGAGGCUCAUCCACGAGGGGGCACUGCUCUGGAAGACGGCCCAGGGCUCCAGGCUGAAAGAUGUGCAGGUCUUGCUGAUGACAGACAUCCUGGUGUUCAUGCAGGAAAAAGACCAGAAAUAUUUUUUCCCCUGUCUGGACAAGCCUUCAGUUCUGUCUCUCCAGAACCUGAUUGUCAGAGACAUAGCCAAUCAGGAGCGAGGGAUGUUCCUUAUCAGCGACUCCACCCCCCCGGAGAUGUACGAGCUCCACGCCGCCUCCAAAGACGACAGGAACAGCUGGAUGAAGCUCAUCCAGGACGCAGUGAGCAGGUGCCCCUCCAGGGAAGAUUUUCCUCUGAUUGAGACCGAGGACAAGGCUCUCCUGCGCAGACUCCGAGCUGAUAUUCAGCAGAAGGAUCGGGAGGUCCUGGAGCUGCUUCAGGAACGAGUAACCUUGUUCUCAGACCUGGCUGAGGUCACCGGAGGUCAGGAGGUCACCCUCCCCACCAGCUCCCGGAACGUGUUUCGAGCGGACACCCCUCACGCGCCCCAGGCUGAAAGGUUACUGAACAGCGCCAUAACUGAAGUGGACAGGCUGAGCGAACUGCUCCUCGGCUCCAACCUCGAGCGCCGCCACUCCUGCAGUUCCAGCAGCGACCAGAACCACACGGAGGCGCCAGUGAGCAAUGGGGAGCCACCUUCGGUUAAUGGGACUCAUGACGGGAACAGCCCGACACAAAAGGACCGAAACGGUAACCAGCUGCAGGACAGGACUCUGAACGAGGAAGUUUGUCAAAGACUGGUCAACCUCAGCACUCAUCUCCACGCACUACAGGCAGCAGUCAUCAGGCAGGACUCCAUCCUGGAGUUGUGCCUGCACGACGGCUCCACCGCCAGCUCCACCCCGCCCACCCCGACCUCUGCCCCGCUGGUCUUUGUCCCGGCCCGCCUGAGCCGCUCGCUGUCCCGCGACGCCCUGCUGGAGGGCGUGAGCGCGGGGGCAAGCGGCGAGCAGGCCCUGCUGCAGCGGCAGUUCUCCCUGCUGCAGGAGGAGCUGUUUCGGCUGCGCCCCCUGGAGGCCAGGCUGCGCGACAGCGAGAGGAUGCGGGCGCAGCUGGAGACGCAACUGAGGGAGCUGCAGGCCUCGCGGGACGCCGGCCGUAAGGACAGGGGGGUGGCCACGGCACAGCAGGCUCCAGGUCAGAGGACACGGAGUGAUGGAGUGAAGGGCCCCCUCGCGCCGCUGGCCUGCCAGGAGGCUAUCGACCAGUUAGAUGGCGUCCAGGAGGGCAGCGACGAGGAGGAGGAGUCCGACCAGGAGGAAGAAGUUCGGAUUUCCCCCCGCUCCGACAGUCCCAGAGAUCUGCAGGACAUUCCAGAGGAGAGCGAGUGUGGGACAGAGGCCGUGGAGGGUGAGGCCGGGCCUGACUCCGCCCACAGCUAACACUGGCCCGGCCCCUUCCACGAGGUGGAGUCACUCGGAGAGCUGGAUCUCCUCGGCACGACGCUACACGAAGCCGCCCACUUCCCAUCACGGGGAGAAAAAAAAAGUCUCAGCAUGUCUUGCAAUAAAUAACUUAGCUGAGAGAGCUUGUGCUGUACUUUGGAAAAAAAAAUUUUAAUCUAAUUUCAAUUGUCUGAUUUUGAGACAAAACCUUUUCUUCCUGUUUGAUACAAGGAAGAGAAGAAAGAAAGAAUAAGAUUAUAGGGAAAUGUUAAGGUUAAAAGUGUGGGGUUAACCAUCUGCUGGUGAAGCAGUGUUCAUAAUUUAUCUCUAAAAUUACCUCUUAUGAACUCUAGCCUACUACUGCCUGCCAUUGUUUUAUUUUUUAUCAUUGUUAAGCCACAAAUGACUGUGACUGAAAUCAAGAGACUGAAAAUAUAAAAUUAGAAAGAUGAGCUUGCGCUAUGAUGUAAACAGGACAAGUCUGACUCUAAACUACAUGUGUGAGUUUCCCCCCAAAAAAAAACACAGACGAACAAGGUCUUCAUAAACAGUUGACCCCUGCGGCGUGCAAGGGGACCAUGGAGUUGGCAGAACUCUCCAAAAACAGGGUGAAGGAUAAUCGCAAGACAACGAAAAAAGACCAAAGUCGUUCGUCAGUUAGUAAUAUUCUGUUACUGUAAGUUUUACUUUAUUGGAAUAGAGUAGUUGAAAAUAAAUGUCAUGUUUAAGACAGGUUUAGUGACAAUAACUUCAUGAAGGACAUUGAGUAUGAGCAGUCUCCUUUGGGACCAGGAGUGGCUGAGGAAACCAGACGGACUGGCCUGGACACAGAAGGGUUUUUCUGUACUUUGUAUAUUAUGUAUCUGCCUGUACAAAUAUUUGGAGUGUUAAAAAAAA